GGCAACCAUAUAUGUUCUGUAUCUCAUCCUUCUCCUCCUCCUCUGUUCCACUCGUCUCUCCUCUGCUCUGCUGCCUCCUCGGCCAAUGCAGGAGCCUCCUUUCCCGGUCCCUUCUUGCUUCAGUGCCGGCGGGAGGGUGCGGGAGGAUCCAACCACGCCCGCCGCCAAGUCAGGUCAUAGCGUCGUCACCUCCGUCUACCGCACCAAGAUCGCUGGCCACUGCCGCCUGAUCAACGUCGCCUGGCACAGAGACGUCCUCUCACGUGGCCUCUCGGUGUCCGUCGACGACGAGGCGAGUGGAAGCGAAGCCGGCGACGGCCACGGAGGCAAAAGCAGCUGCCCGGUCGUUAGCUUCAAGGUGGAGAUCCGGCCGUGGCAUUUCUGGCGCAAGCACGGGUCGAAGCGGUUCCAGGUGGACGGACGGCCAGUCGACUUCGUUUGGGACCUCCGCCGAGCCAAAUUCUCCGGCGAACCCGAGCCGCAGUCGGGCUUCUUUGUAGCCGUCGCUUCCGAGCACGAGGUGGUGCUUCUGCUCGGCGACGAGAAGGAGGCGCACCAGAAAACGGGGUGCCGGCCGGCGACGAUCGACGCGACGUUGGUGUCGCGCUGGGAGCACGUGUUCGGGCGGACGCGGUUCGCGACGCGCGCGCGGUUCCAGCAAAAAGGCGGAGGCCGGCAGCACGAGAUCGCGGUCGAGUACACCGGCGGCGGCCGCGGCAACGCUGACCCGGAAAUGGUGGUGAGGAUCGACGGCGCGGAGUCGAUCCACGUGAAGCGCCUACAGUGGAAGUUCCGCGGCAACGAGUGCGUCACCAUCGGCCGCGCCCGCGUCGACGUCUACUGGGACGUCCACGACUGGCUCUUCCACCCCGCCGGCGCUGGCGGCCUACGCCACGCCGUGUUCAUCUUCAAGCCCGUCUCCUUCCUCACCUCCUCUUCCUCCAUGCCACUCUCUUCUUCCUCCACUUCCACCUCCACAUCCGCCGGCGCCGGCGCUUUUUGCCUCUUCCUCCAUGCAUGGAAAUUGGAUUAAUCAAUUAAAUUUGAGAAAUUUUUUCA